AAUGGAAGAGAAUAUAAAAAAAGAAUCAGAUGUCAAGGAACGCAUUAUAGAAGAUACUUGUUUUGUCGAUAUUCCUGAAGAUGGAAUAAAGCUGGAAAAUGUGGAAAUACAAGGUGAAAAUGUUGUUACUGAAGAAGAUCCUCUUUACUCCCAACCAAAGAGAACCAAGAAAAGUAAACAUGAAGGAGAAGGAUACCCUUGUUCUGAAUGUGAUUAUGUUGCGACCAAAGCUGGAAGUCUGAAGAGACAUAUUGAAUAUAAACACGAAGGAGUGAGAUAUCACUGUAAACAAUGUGAUUAUGUUGCUACUCAAGCUGUACAUCUCAAGAAACAUUUUAAAAGUAAGCAUGAAGGAGUGAAAUAUCCCUGUAAACAAUGUGAAUAUGCUGCCACUCAAGCAGGUGAUCUAAAGAAACAUGUGGAAAAUAAGCAUGAGGGUGUGAGGUAUCCCUGUAAACAAUGUGAAUAUGCUGCCACAACAACAGGUGGUUUAAAGAGGCAUAUUGAAAGUAUACAUGAGGGUGUGAGAUAUCACUGUAAAUACUGUGAAUAUGCUGCCACUCAAGCAGGCGCUUUGAAGAAACAUGUUAAAAGUAAACAUGAAGGAGUGAAAUAUCCCUGUAAACAAUGUGAAUAUGCUGCCACAACAAUUGGUGAUUUAAAGAGGCAUGUUGAGAGUAUACACGAGGGUGUGAGAUAUCCCUGUAAAUACUGUGAUUAUGCUGCCACUCAAACAGGCGAUCUGAAGAAACAUGUUGAAAGUAUACAUGAGGGUAUGAGGUAUCCCUGUAAACACUGUGAAUAUGCGGCCACAAAAUUUAAUAAUCUGAAGAGACAUGUUGAAAUUAAGCAUGAGGGUGUGAGAUAUCCCUGUACAAAUUGUGAAUAUGCUGCCACUACGGCAGGUGGUUUGAAGAGUCAUGUUGAAAGUAAGCAUGAGGGUGUGAGAUAUCCCUGUAAGCACUGUGAAUAUGCUGCCACUACAGCAUAUCAUCUGAAGAGACAUGUUAAAAGAAAACACGAAGGAGUGAGAUACCCCUGUUCAAAUUGUGAAUAUGCUGCUACUACAGCAAGUGUUUUGAAGAGACAUGUUGAAAGAAAGCACGAGGGUGUGAGAUAUCCCUGUAAACAGCAGGUCAUCUAACGAAACAUGUUGAAAUUAGGCAUAAAGGAUUGUAAUAUCCAUUUAAACACUGUGAAGUUGCUUCCACUGAAGCUGGCAACCUGAAGAGAGAUGUUGAAAGUAAGCAUGAAAGAGUAAGAUAUCCCUGUAAACAUUGUGAAUACGCUGUCACUCAAGCAGGUGAUCUAAAGAAACAUGUUAUAAAUAAGCAUGAGGGAGUAAGGUAUCCCUGUAAGCAAUGUGAAUUUGCUGCCACUCAAGCAGGUCAUCUGAAACAACAUGUUGAAAAUAAGCAUAAAGGAGUGAAAUAUCCUUGCGUCCAGUGUAAAUAUGCUGCCACUACAGCAGGUCAUCUAACGAAACAUGUUGAAAUUAGGCAUAAAGGAUUGUAAUAUCCAUUUAAACACUGUGAAGUUGCUUCCACUGAAGCUGGCAACCUGAAGAGAGAUGUUGAAAGUAAGCAUGAAAGAGUAAGAUAUCCCUGUAAACAUUGUGAAUACGCUGUCACUCAAGCAGGUGAUCUAAAGAAACAUGUUAUAAAUAAGCAUGAGGGAGUAAGGUAUCCCUGUAAGCAAUGUGAAUUUGCUGCCACUCAAGCAGGUCAUCUGAAACAACAUGUUGAAAAUAAGCAUAAAGGAGUGAAAUAUCCUUGCGUCCAGUGUAAAUAUGCUGCCACUACAGCAGGUGAUCUAAAGAAACAUGUUAUAAAUAAGCAUGAGGGAGUAAGUUAUCCCUGUAAGCAAUGUGAAUAUGUUGCCACUACAAGCAGGUUAUCUGAAGAAACAUGUUAAAAGUAAGCAUGAGGGAAUUAGGUAUCUCUGUAAUACAGCAAGUGAUUUAAAGAGGCAUGUUGAAAAUAUACAUGAGGGUGAGAGAUAUCCAUGUAAAUACUGUGAUUAUUCUGCCACCCAAGCAGGCGAUCUGAAGAAACAUGUUGAAAGUAAACAUGAAGGAGUAAGAUACCCUUGUAGUUAAUGUGAUUUUACGGCAAAACAAGCUAGAAAUCUAAAGAGGCAUAUUGAAUAUAAACAUAAUGGAGCAGGUAUUCUGAAGAGGCAUGUUGAAAGUAUACAGUGAGUGAGUUAUCCCUGCAAAUACUGUGAAUAUACCACCGCUCGAGCAGAUUACCUGAAGAAUCGUGUUGAAAGUAAACAUAAGUAAUGAGAUAUCUGUUUUUCAGUUUUGUUAAUGCUUCUAAAACUUUUCAUAUAGUUUGAAUACAAUAUUUCACAUUAAUC